AUGGUUGUCUUGGAGUCCGUGUUGUUGUUGUUGCUGCGCUUCCAGCGCUGGCCGUUUGCAGUCGGUUGUGAAUGUGUUGGUGGAGGAAGUGUUGUUCGGAAGCAUCACGGUGCCCACGUCGAGGAGAAAGGUGUUGUCGCCGCAAUCGCUGCCGUUGAGACUACAGCACUAGUGGUUCACGGCGGGACAUGGACAGUAAGUGUCAUUAAGACGAGGACAACCCGAUCCCCACGAGCCAUCCGUGCAGGCAUUCAGCAUGAACAUGCCUCUAUAUGGGUUCACCUACGCCAAACAGAGUCCAGUCGAAGUGCAGAUGUCAUUUGGCUGGUCUCUGGUUUUGUCAAUUGA